AUGAAAUUCGAAUGAACUGAACCCAAGUUGGCUCCAGCCCCAUGUACACCUAUUGUUCAUUAGGAGAGGAAAGGAACUAUUUUCCUUUUUCUUUUCCUUUUCCUUUCCAUUCGGUGUGCCUUGAAACAAGAGAGUUCUUUAUUUCUAUUCAAAGUUUACACAUCUCAUCAAUCACAAUUCUACACCCAAUAACUAUUCUUUAUUAAUUUUCUUUUCUUUUCUAUUGUUACAUAUAUAUAUAUAUAAAUUUGAAAAAAAAUUCAUUUACCUUUAGCUCAUUUAAUUCUUUGUUUGAAAACUGAUUUGAUAAAUCUUUUAUUAAAGGGGCUGUUAUAUAUACAAAUUUGAAAAAGAAUUCAUUUACCUUUAGCUCAUUUAAUUAUUUGUUUGGAAACUGAUUUGAUAAAUCUUUUAUUAAAGGGGCUGUUUUGUGUUAAAAUUACUGUCCCUCUCUUUAGUCCUUCAGGUCAGGCCACCUCUUUUCCUCUCUCUUUCUUGUUCUCCAUUUUCCUCCUUUCUCUUCACCCACCCACCAUUUCUUUCUCAUCUCAUUUCUUUUUUGAUUUCUCUCUUCUUUUUUUCUUUAUCAUCUUCUUCUGUUAAAGAGGUGGUGACAGUAGAUCUGUUGCUUCAUCGAUGCUGUUUGGCAGGUUUGCUUAGUGGUGAAGUUUGAACUCUGCUGGCACUAAAAUACUAUCUCAAAGACUUUUGGAGAUUGUGAUAUAGAGUAUAGGCCAAAUGCAAGGGCAACGAAGUGCCAUUGGAUCCCUGCCAGAAACAUUGGGUUUCACUCAUGGCUCAACAUCGAGUGAUGGCGGUAUAGAUCAGCAGAUACGUUGGAAUAAUUUGCUAAAUCCUGCACAAAGUCGGCUACCAGAUUAUAUGAUUCCUUCUAAUGAGACAAACAUACCAUUUAUUAGUCAUGCAAACCAAGAAAGACAGAAUGUAAUUGGGUGGAAUUUAGGAGAAUCCAGCUCCUCCAGUACACAAAAUAAUGUUAGUCGUAGUGAAAGUAAAUCAGAUCAUGUAUGGUCAUCUACAGUGAAUGGCUGUCCUGGGCCUUCUCACUUCUCUGCUGAACAGCAGUAUGGUUCUUCCAAUAUUCUUUCAUUGGGUGAUGUUGAAAUAAAUUUAAAUAACCAGAUAGUUGACAACACUUUAUUUUCUCAAGGUUCUACUUCUAGCACUGUUCCUCAUGAUCUAAAUAGAAAUUCUGAACUCGAGGGGCAUGAUGACGAUGAUGAUUGCCAAGUGAUGGAUUGCGCCCCAGCAUUUAAAUCUGAUGGAUCAGGAAAAGAACAAAUGUCAACCGCCAGUACUUCGAAUCCAUUUGUUGCGCCUUCUGCAACUAAUGGAUUUCUGAUGGAUGAAAGUGAUGGCAGACCAGGCUCUUCACUGGAUGGUCGACGAAUGGCUUGUAAGAGAAAAGCAUUUGAAGGACAUGCAGGACAAUCUUCAGGAAGUGGAAGUUCAAAUUAUCUUCCAUGUCCAGAAAGCAGCGUAUGGGGUUCUAUACCUGCUCCACAUAAUAUGACUACAGGUGCGAAUGUCCCUGAACCAAUAGAAAGUAGCAGAAACAUCAAUUUGCCGGAGCAGGUAAAUCCAAGACUUGGGCUCACCAUGGGUGGAGCCACUAUGGAAGGUCCUGUUGCAUUGCCUGCUUCAAGAAGCGUAGAAAGUUUUCGAAGAAAUUUUAGGCUGAGGAUCAAUGGCUCUCAUCAGCAAGCUUCUAUUCCUAGUAAUCUGUUUCCUACCGCGGUUAAUGAUGGAAAUGUUAGCAUGUCAUCUGAACGGGACUCAUUGAGGCUGCUUCGUAAUGAGUCUUUAGAUUUGACGCCUGUGUCUACUGCAGAUAAUGGAAAUCCCCGAGGUCAGCCCGUCGUGGUGCAGGUUCCUUCUCUGCGACGAAGUGAACAGAGGUGGGAAUCAUCAAGCUCUAGAGCUGGCAGUUCAUCAAGUUUUUCUGUUUUUGGUGAGAGGGAUCCUGCAGCAUAUGAACAAGAAAGCUCAAGAAGUGUGCCAAGAAACAUUUCGCAGCAUCCAAUGUUCGUACCCGCUAGUGACUUGAGACAUUUGAACCAAAAUCCUGCUAACUGGAAUUUUACUGGUGGAAAUGUUUCUGCUGCUGGAAAUGUUGCAUCUUCUUCUCGUAGUGGUCCCAGCUCGGUAUCCCCUGCCUCUUCCCCUAGUUGGGUGCAACACCGAAAUCCUCAGCAACACCCCCGGAGACUCUCAGAAUAUGUUCGUAGAUCUUUGUUGUCUUCAGCUGGCAGUGAACCUGGAAGUCACAAUGGUGUCACACCACCACGUUUGAGUUCCGCUGCCUCACAGGAGAUGGGGCUUUAUGGCCAUCCUGGGCAUCGUUCGUCAAGUUCAAGGUCGGCGAUGCUGUUGGAGAGACAACUCGAUGGUGCUAUGGGAGUUCCUUAUUCCUGGAGGGCUUUGGCUGCUGCUGGUGAUGGAAGAAGCAGACUAGUUUCCGAGAUUCGCAAUGUAUUGGAUCUAAUGCGCAGGGGAGAGGGCUUAAGAUUCGAGGAUGUUAUGAUCCUUGAUCAGUCGGUGUUCUUUGGGAUGGCGGAUAUUCAUGAUCGCCAUCGCGAUAUGCGUCUUGAUGUUGAUAACAUGUCCUAUGAGGAAUUGCUGGCGCUUGAGGAGCGCAUCGGGAAUGUCUGCACUGGGCUGACUGAAGAAAUCAUUUUGAAUCGUCUGAAGCAACGGAAGCAUGUAAGCAUUAGAACAGACGAACCCACGGAUGCUGAGCCAUGCUGCAUUUGUCAGGAAGAAUACAAGGAUGGUGAGGAUCUUGCUAAACUGGAUUGCGGCCAUGAUUUUCAUACCGACUGCGUUAAACAAUGGCUCAUGCAGAAGAAUUUAUGCCCAAUUUGCAAAACAACAGGGCUGAAUACUUCAGGAAAGCAUUGAUCCUGAUUCUCUUAUGUAAAGUAAUGUACCAGUUGGACCAUCGAAGGUUGAAGCACCAAAUGUGUCGCCGCAUUUGGUCCUUGAGUUCAUUUGAGAAAAAUCUAUGUAUUUUUCUCAUUAAUUUUACUGUGAUCUCCCGCUUGGAGGGGUUAUUUUAGAGCUAGAAGAAGAAGCAUUAGCUGCAAUUAGGGAGUCAUUAGGCAAGAGUUACAUUAUUUGGUUAUUUGGAGACUUAAAUACUUCAUUUUCAAUUUAUUGAUACCUUUGAGUA